CUACCUUUGGAUUCACCUUGGGUUGGCGGCUGAUGCGGUAAUGCUACUGUUUCGGUAUCUUAAGAUGCGAUUUUUUCGGGCUGAAUGAAUGUGGCUAGUUCGUCUACGGCGAAGAAUCUUCGCUUGUUGCAGAAACAAAAGAUUCUUCAUUUCCGGCUGAAUAAUUUCUCCAGUUUGCCUCAACAACCAAAACCCCUUGCUUUUAGGUGUCUUGUUCAAUUUUCACCAUUUUAGGUUGCCAACUAUUUCUCUUGUUUGUUUCUUGAGAUCUGUUAUCCAUUUGCCUCGUUUGUUAUUCUGAACGGAGAUAUAAAAAUUUCCUAUCUGGAGCAUAUAGAAUGGAAGCAUCUAGAGUUGGUAGGGGCUCAUCAUCUUCUUAGUUCGCUUUUCCUUUCCCUUUGUUGGUAUGGUAUUCUCUUUUGCCUCCCACGAGAACAAAGCGAUGUGACAUGUGCUUCUCAUCUAUUUUUUUCCCCAAUUCAGAUCGCCUUUUCUUUUUCUUUUUCCCAUUCUCCUCUUCUUUUUGACUUAAGAUGCACAUACCUGACUUAUGUUUCUUCUUGUGAGGUUUCAGCAAUGAGGCAAGAUGUUGCCUCCAAAUGCGACAGCCGUUCUCGGUCAGGAGCAGCUCCUGAAAUCAUGCGAUCCCCUCGCCGCACCAUCGGAGAAAAUGGCUAUCGGGACACAAGACACCACCAGUUGAAAUGCUCAGAUGGCAACCUGGGAGAGCUACGCGUAGAGAGCAUCCCAAAUUUCCACUGCAAGAGCUUGCCCACAAGAAGCCGCAAGACCAAUGCGGAGGAUAGUAUUGUGGGAAAGCGUGGUUCUAUGUACCAGAGCUCUAGUGAAAUUAGCAUGAUAAGAAAACUCCACGAAGGCAGGAGGAAGAAAAUAGAUUCUGCACUUGACGGGGAUGCAUUUCUGUCAUUUGAGAUUGUUGAUUCAUCCUCCCAGCCUAGCACAAGUGGAGCUUACCUUUUCUCGCAUCAGAAUCGCCGCUCAGAAGCUAAGUCUUCUGUGGAAUCUCGUAGAAUUCAUCGAGCAUCGAGGGACUUCCUGGAUCUUUCAUUCCGUGAGCUUCCUGAUGAGAAUUGUAGGCUGGACCGUCCACGCAUGGAUUGCACCCUGUUGAAAAAUGAUGCAGGCGAUGGUUUCUUGGAGAUCUCACUUGAGGAAGAGAUGACCAAAGGUCCCUGCAGAAAUGCAGCUCCUCAGUUGAUAGGUGGAGAGUCAAGUAAAGGUACAGAAGCAAACUGCCUGCAAAACAAGAUCAGUGUAUGUCCCAGUGAGAAUAAUUGUAGUCAGAGAGAGAGGAAUUCAACAAACAGUUUGCCUGAGUCCAUGUCGGCCAAGGUGAGCAUCUCUGAUGGCACCCGUCCAUCAGAAAGUGUUCGUCAUGGCAUAGAGAACAGCACUAAAGUUCGAUCAAGCCCCUUCAAGAAGAUUCUGGACCCUAUUAUGAAGUCCAAAUCUAUUAGAAGUCCAUCUCUCAUGGAAGACUCCAACCAUGUUACUAUGCCGGUUAACAGGAAAAAUUGUGUAUCCCGCAAAUCAUUGCUGAGUGAUUUAUCAAGGAGUGAACAAAGCCAAUCAAUUAAUUGCCAGCUGAAUGGAGAAAGGCAGCAUACAACUAAUGCUCUAUCACCUGCUCAUCUUCAGGCGGUUCUUAAAUUGGAUACCAAGAAUGGUAUUCCAGUUUUUGAGUUCUGUGUCAAGGGCCCUGAAGAAUCCAUUUCUGCUAGGAGUUGGAAAACAGGGAAUGACUUGAACUGGAUUUACACUUUCCACAGUGGUGGAAAACGAGCAAGUGCUACUGGAAGGGCCUCCAAAGAUGGACGUUGGUGUUCACCGCCGAUUGUAGGCCAGAUGCAAGCUUCUUCGUACUUGUGCUCUGAAGUUGGAAAAGAUGGUGUUCUGACUAACUCUGUCAUCACUGAGUUUGUUUUGUAUGAUAUCGCUCAUGCAAGACAGAGCUUUUCUGCUGAGGAGAAAACUCAAUGUACAGAGACUACUCAAUCGACAUUGUCAAGUGCCGUCGAGAAAUCAGCCUCUGGUGACUGUCCCCAGAGGAUUAAUCUGAUGGACCAGCAAAACAGUGCAAGAAAUAACUCUGAUGUAUCAACAUCUUGUCCGUGGUCUGAAGAAGAUCUUUAUCCUCAUUUGGAGAUUGCAGCAACGGUCAUCCAAGUUCCAUUUAAUAGAAGCAAGUCCAAAGAACUUAAGAGUGGUUUGUCACCUGGUACUGUAAAAGUGAUUACACCGAGUGGGCUGCAUGGGUUACCAAACGAUGAUGAAACCAGUCCAUCACCUUUGCUGGAUAGAUGGAGGUACGGUGGAGGCUGCGACUGCGGUGGAUGGGACAUGGCUUGUCCCAUUGCUGUCCUUGGCAAUGCAUAUGAUAAUAACUGGGCCAAUUCUGUCACAAAGGAAGGCGAGAAUCCUAUGGAACUCUUUGUUCUGGGUGGCAAAGAAGAGCUCCCUGCCCUUUCCAUUAAGGGCAACGAGAAAGGACAGUUAUUGGUGCAUUUUCACGCGCGGUUAUCAGCAAUGCAAGCCUUCUCAACCUGCAUUUCUCUGCUGCACUGUUCGGAAGCUUCGACAGCCGUAAGUAUUGAGAAGGGCAAGCACAAGCUCUACUCCAGUUCACUUAAGAUGCUGCUCGAGGAGGAAGUGAGCCAGCUGAUCGAGGCAGUCACGGCAGAAGAGAAGAGGAAAACAAAGAAGAGAAGUGAGAAGCCACCCAGACCAGUUGUGCUCGACCCACCCUUCUCUCCCAUGGGAAGAGUGUAGGUAUUGUGAACAACUGUGUUCUCAUGGUCAUGGUGUGCAACAUUAUGAGUCAUAUUUGGGUUUCAUGUCCAUAUUUUUUGUUGUGAUAAAAGAAGCACUUUUAUGCUGUUCAUAAAGAUGGAAGGUGCGUGUAGGGUUUUUUCUUAUCUCUUUGUAGCUUUUAGCAGAUCAGUAGCAAGGCAAUAUAUCAUUGUUGAAUUGCCAGAUAGAAGGAAGGAAUUCUGUAGUUAGUAGUAGAGGGCAAUGGCAGGUUCCAUGAGAGAGGACAUAAAUAAAGGGAAACAGCUGGCCACUUGAAAAUUUUAGCCUGCUUUCAUC